UCUACGCCUAACCACCGCCCUCAUUGUCUCGGUCGCUGUCCCGCUGUGUGCGCGCGCACGGCGCGUGGUCUGAACUCGGGCUCCCGUCGGCGCCGCUGCUGCAAGAUGGCCGCCCAGGAUGAGCUGAAUCAACUUGAGCGGGUUUUUAUGCGUCUAGGCCUUGCUGAAACAGAUGAGCAACUGCAAAGUAUUAUUUCAAAGUUUCUUCCUCCAGUUCUGCUGAAGCUGUCUAGUGUUCAGGAAGGAGUACGUAAAAAAGUCAUGGAACUAUUGGUUCACCUAAACAAGCGAAUUAAAAGUCGCCCCAAAAUACAGUUGCCAGUGGAGACACUCCUGGUUCAGUAUCAGGAUCCUGCUGCUGUUUCAUUUGUCACGAAUUUUACUAUAAUAUAUAUCAAGAUGGGGUAUCCACGCUUAUCCUUGGAGAAACAAUGUGAAUUGGCGCCUUCCUUGGUUACUGCAAUGGAAAGCAAACCUCAGCCACAGCAGGACAGCCUAAUGCAAUUGCUGAUUCCAACAUUAUAUCAUGUGAAAUAUCCAGCUGAAAAAACCAAAGGAGCAUCUGUUUUCAACUUGGGAGAGAAACCAGAAAUUGUUCAGCAGUUAUUAGACUUCAUGUUGGAUGUGUUAUUGAUGCCUUAUGGGUUUGUGUUGAGUGAGCCCCAGAGUCGGCCAAGUCAAGGUCCACAGCAAGGGGUCAGUGGUGUUGGACUUGCUCAGCCACCGCCAGGCAUGAGUUCAUAUGCAGCUAAACGUGUUGUUGGUGAUAACCCCUGGACAGCUGAACAAUUGGAACAGUGCAAAUUAGGAAUUCUGAAAUUUAUCCAAGCGGAACAAAUACCAGAAAAUGAAGCAGUUGUUCAUUUGGUGGUAGCAUCAAGUGAUACUCGGCACAGCGUGGCAACUGCUGCAGAUAUGGAGGUGAAAAGCUGGCAGAGAGUAAUUGACUGGAACAAUCCGAUUAUUGUCAAUAAACUCUACAAGAUUUACCUGGGAGACAUACCACUGAAAACAAAAGAGGGAGCGGCUUUAAAGCCUGAACUAAAACGGGAGCCAGUUAGCACCAGAGUAAAACUGAAGAUUCUCCCUCAUUUAAUGCGGUCCAGGCAGGCAGCAGAGACAUUCCCAGCGAGCAUACAGGUGGUAUAUGAUGGGCUGUUUGGUGCCAAUACAAAUGCCAAGUUGAGAGGUCUAAGUAUACAGUUUGUGCACCAUAUAUGUUCAGUUUGUCCUGAUAACAAAAUAAAACCUUUGGGACCAAUGCUUCUAAAUGGGCUUACUAAGAUGAUCAAUGAAUACAAAGAGGAUCCAAAAACACUUUCUUUGGCAUAUUCAGCAGUUGGAAAAGUGUCCAGCCGUUUACCACAACUUUUUACAAAAGAUUUAGCACUUGUGCAGCAGUUUUUUGAAGCUAUGUGCAAGGAAAAUCCCGAUAUCAGACUUUCUAUUCAGGAAGCAUUGUCUAUGAUGGUGGGAGCCUACUGUUCAUUGCAAGGAGCUUCAGUUACACUAAUGGAAGCUUUGGUUGCAGCAUACCUGGAGAAGCCAGAAGUGCAAGUACGGCAGGUUGCUGUGAAAUUUGCCAGCACGGUGUUCGCCUCAGACCAUAUACCAUCCAGAUACAUGUUGUUACUUGCUGCUGGAGAUCCGAAAGAGGAAGUAUAUGGGGAAGCAAGACGUGUACUGAGGGCUCUACCAAAUCAAUCGACAGAGAAGGAAAGCACCCCUACAGUUUUGCCAGCAUUUCCUGAAAUGGUCCAUUAUAUUCAAGAUAAGGCUUCUCAAAGGAUAAAAACUUCAGCAAAGUAUGUUACUGGAACACACAUCCUGCCAUUUAACCCAGCUACCUAUGCCGAGAUUAUCCUGUACCUGCGGAUGUGUCUAGCGCAUAGUGCAGGGGUGAUACCCGCAUCUCAAAGUUUCGUUGACAUGCAGGAUCAAGCUCCAGCUAUUGGUUGUUAUGUCAGAAAUUUGUUGUCAAGCACCUUCAUUUCACCAUCAUCCUCAAAGAAUUGGGAUAUUGAUCCUGUGCAAGGAUACAUUGAUCUUCUUGAACAAUUGCUAUCAUCCAUCGGAGGGUUGCCUGUGAUGUACUGUUUAUUGGAAAUAGUCUCUGUCUAUCCACAAAAGUUGGCUGUGCAGUUCACAGAAAAAAUAGAUUGGAUUAAGGGCCUUAUGAACACAAACAAAGACGAGAUGCGUGACCUUGCAGCACAGUUUUAUGCAGUGGUGCUAUCCAUCAUGUCUGGGAAUGAUUUCCACUUGGCUAUUGAGAAUCUCAUUAAGUCCACCAAAGACAAUAGCCCUGAAACACAGCAUGGAGCUUUGUUAGCUUUGGGGUAUAUGGUUGGACGCUACUUGAGCAGAAAGAAAAAAGCCGGAUUGGAUAUCCAAGAUCUCGAAGAAUCGGAAGUUCAGGACCCUCUGGAAGACCAGUUACUCAAAUCAACAACGGAAACAAUUAUUUCAUUUUUAGAUGAUGCGUCCCCUUCUCUGGCUUUGGCUGCUUGUGUGGCAGUUGGUGAAAUUGGAAGGAGCGGUGCUUUACCCAUUGCAAAUGAAGGCCCAGGGUACACAAAGCUGCGCAUAGUUGAGACCCUGCUGGCUAAACUCCCCUUAAGCAAAGAAAGCAACAAGAUGAAAGAGCGAGCAGUGCAGACACUGGGUUAUUUCCCUGUCGGGGAUGCCGAUUUUCCUCAUCAAAAGAAACUCUUACAAGGAUUGAUGGAUUCUGUUGAGGCAAAGCAAUUAGAGCUGCAGUUUACAGUUGGAGAAGCAAUCACCAAUGCUGCAAUAGGGACGAACUCACUGGCAGCUCGUGAUCUGUGGAUGGUUACUGAAGGAGAAUAUAUAUCUCCAGACACUAUUAAAGUAAAUGAUGUUGUUCCGUGGGUUUUGGAUGAAAUCCUAAAGAAGUACAUUGUUAGUCCAAAUCCCCAUAUCCGUCAGGCUUCCUGUAUCUGGCUUUUGUCACUGGUGAAAAAACUGAGUCAACACAAGGAGAUCAAGGGUCAUUUAAAAGAAAUUCAGGGUGCAUUCAUCUCAAUUUUAUCAGAAAAUGAUGAGCUUAGCCAGGAUGUGGCUUCUAAAGGUCUUGGACUGGUAUAUGAACUAGGCAGUGAACAAGACCAACAUGAGCUGGUGUCAGUGCUUGUGGAAACACUUAUGACAGGAAAACGAGUUAAACAGAAUCUGUCAGAAGAUACUGAAUUAUUUCAGGGAGGCUCAAUGGGGAAAACCCCUGAUGGACAGGGACUGUCAACUUACAAAGAACUUUGCAGUCUUGCCAGUGACCUUAAUCAACCCGAUCUUGUUUACAAGUUCAUGAAUUUAGCCAAUCAUCAUGCAAUGUGGAACUCUAGAAAGGGUGCUGCUUUCGGGUUCAACGUCAUAGCAACAAAGGCUGAAGAACAGCUGGCUCCUUAUUUAUCUCAACUUGUCCCUCGACUUUACCGAUAUCAGUUUGAUCCAAAUUCUGGAAUCCGGCAAGCCAUGACUAGUAUUUGGAAUGCCCUUGUCACGGAUAAAAGUGCUAUAGAUAAAUACCUAAAGGAGAUCCUUCAAGAUCUUAUAACCAACUUAACCAACAAUCUUUGGCGUGUUCGUGAAUCCAGUUGUUUAGGAAUGAGUGAAAUACUGCGAGGAAGAAAAGUGGAUGAAAUUAUUGACAGACUUCCAGAAAUAUGGGAAACACUCUUCAGAGUGCGGGAUGACAUAAAGGAAUCUGUUCGUAAGGCAGCAGACCAGGCACUUAAAACCCUGAGUAAGGUUUGCAUACACAUGUGUGAACCAUCCAAUGGUGCUGCUGGUCAACGAUUUGUUGCUGUGCUCUUACCUUGCUUAUUGGACAAAGGCAUUAUUAGCCCUGUGGCAGAAGUUCGUUCUAUAAGCAUCGACACCCUUGUAAAAAUUAGCAAAAAUGCAGGGCCACUGUUAAAGCCACACGCAGCAAGACUUAUCCCCACUUUAUUGGAAUCACUUAGUGUACUUGAGCCACAAGUCCUCAAUUAUUUGAGUCUACGUGCAACUGAACAAGAGAAGACUGCUAUGGACAGUGCCAGGCUCAGUGCAGCCAAGUCUUCUCCGAUGAUGGAAACCAUCAAUAUGUGUCUCCAGCAUAUAGACACAAAUGUUCUGGGGGAUUUAGUUCCAAAGUUGUGUGAACUCCUCAAGAGUGGAGUAGGUCUUGGAACUAAGGGAGGCUGUGCCCAUGUGGUGGUGUUUUUGACAACCAAAUGUCCACAAGACUUAAAUUCAUUUGCAAGUAAAUUGUUGAGCGCUCUGUUGACAGGUUUAAAUGACCGUAAUGCUACCAUACGAAAAGCUUACGCUGUUGCAGUCGGUCAUUUGGUUCGGACAGCACGGUCCAGCAGCUCAGAAAAAUUAUUUCAAAAACUCAACAUGUGGUACCUUGAAAAAGAUGAGCCCGUCUAUCAGUCAGCUUGCGUACUAACUGUAAGUGCCAUUGGGCGGCAUAGCCCCGAUAUAAUCAAGCAACAUGCAGCCCUGGCCUUACCCCUCGCAUUUCUUGGAAUGCAUGAAAUCCCAGAUGAAGAUAAGGGGGAAAGCAGUGACUCUGAGCUGUGGAUGGAAGUAUGGCAGGAGAACGUACCUGGUAGCUUUGGUGGAAUACGACUGUACAUGCAGGAAUUGAUUGCUAUUACACAAAAGGCACUGCAGUCCCAAUCCUGGAAGAUGAAAGCACAAGGAGCAACAGCUAUGGCAUCCAUUGCUAAGCAGCAGACAGGUUCAUUGGUUCCACCACACUUAGGGAUGAUACUGAAUGCACUUUUACAGGGAAUAGCAGGUCGAACUUGGACAGGAAAGGAGGAAUUAUUGAAAGCUGUUGACACUGUGGUGACUACGUGCAAUGCAGAAUUGCAGAAAUCUGUGCCUGGCCAGCCUAGUAUAGACACCAUUAUUCAGGUUAUGUUAAAAGAAUGCCAGAAAGAAAAUCUUCGGUACAAAAUGGUUGCUUUGAAAAGUAUUGCAAACAUUCUGCAAGCAACAAAAGAAGAUUGUUUCCAGAAUAUGGUGGAUAUUCUAUUCCCUGUUAUUAAAAAGAGUACAGCAACAGGAUCAUCCAGAAAAGAUGAUGAUGAGGAAGAGGAGGGAGAGAGAGAGAAAGAACUACGGAUGGAAUAUCUGCUUUGUGCUUUUGAUACUCUUGGGAAAGCCUGGCCCAGAACUUUAGAAACACAGGCUCGGUACCAUGUAGAAUUGUGUCACUUAAUGUGUGAAAGGCUAAAGCUAAGUACAUGGAAAGUUCAACUGGGAGUGCUCCAAGCAAUGAACGCUUACUUCCAGGGCUUACUGCUUCUCAGCCAAGACAACAAAGACACAGAGACAUUAUCUGAGAUCUUGAAAGAUACUUGCUCUGCACUCACCUUUCCAUUAGAAAACAAGAGCUACUCUUCAGUACGAACAGAGGCUUUAUCAAUAUUAGAACUGCUCUUUAAAAAACUUGAAGAGACUAAUCAGUGGGCAGCUUUGACUCCUGAAAAGAGGGAUAUAAUUCUUAAGUCUCUAACCAGUAUGGAAUCAGACAACAGGCCGGAACUGAAAGAUAAAGCUUCAACUCUUAAGAAACGCCUUGCAAGUGUCCCAUAAACCUGCACAGUCGUACUGUUCAUCUGAAGACUUGACAACCCAAACUCUUGCUAAUCAUUUUGGAUACAUUAGACCUAAAGUUUUGCUUCGUAUGUUGUCAGGUUGGCCUGUUUAAGAGUAUAAGUCAAACGCUGUACCUGCAGCUUAGAAGGGGUGCGAGUGUGGUGAAUUCCAUUUUCUGAUGUUGGUUUGCGUGUGCUCAGUUAGUGUUUUGCAGAUUCUCAUAUCUGCACAAGAUGCAAAUUAUAUCUCUGUGUCUUCCUCCAGUUAAUCAGGAAAUUACAGAGGCUGAAGGUUCUGGUUAUGAAACAUUGAAUAUGGUCGUCAAGCAGUAGUUCAGAGUUGAAGGUGUGGUUAUGAGGUGCGCACAUCAAUUUAGUCAGUGCCAGGUUUAGUGAAGUUAAGUGUUAGUCCAAUAAAUUACAACAAGAGAUAUUAGAUUAUAUUGAAUCUGAAGGAGGUAGCACUUGGCUGUCAAAGAUGCAGUGUGUCUCCAUUUUAUGUCAUUAAAUACUGUCAUUGUGGCAGCGUUUGUAAUAUAAUUGCACAUGAAUGUGCACUCCAAAAUGCCAUUCAGACAUCAGUUCUUUCUAGAACUGAUUUCAGCACAUAGCUGCUUCCCUUUAGCUAGCUAAACAUUUAGCACUUCUUAUUUCCAUGCUGCUGCACAACUUCUAUUGCAACAUUUUUCUAGAAUUUGGGCAGUGAGGAAAAACAAGAUGAAGAAAAUGUUUUUGAUGAUAUAAUUAUUACUGCCAAGUUGGAAUUAUCUUCAACAUCAUUUGUACUGUGAAAUGGAAGUGGUGUCACAGGAAUUAUUCUGGUUGUUCCCAGCGUUCACCACUAUAUCAUAUUUGACAGGGUUUAACCAUCUAAACUGCAAAGCAUUUUGCAGUCCUUUUAAAUUUUGCAAAAGCAUAAAAUCUCUGAGGACCCUAAGGAGCUGAUAAUCAAGAUAUCUCAUUUCCCUUUACAGUGUACAUUAACUCCAUUUAUGUCACACAUUUUCUAAUGAAUUCGUAAGGUGAGCUGUAUUGAAGUUUAUGUUUUAGUACGUAGGAUAUGUGCUGGGCUCAUAAAUAGCAACCUUUCUCCUCUAUUGCCCUAAGCAAGAUCAGUUUGCACCUCAUGUGUGCUAAUUUUUUUUUAAUUAAUAUUUUAAGUAAAUCCAUCAAACUACAAGAAGUUUCAAAUCUUUUCAUUUUACUUUGAUCCUGUAAAGCAAUUCAAAAGAAGGCUUCCAACAGAUAAUAUAGGUAAACAGACCUCUCCUAAUUUUCCAUCAGUCCUGAGAUAUUGACAAUGAAAUGGCCUGUCUUUUGUGUUUCAUAGAUGUGCCAGAUCAUCAAAAGGUAAUGAAUUAUGUUGUUCCUUCACAUAAAUAUUUUUUCUUGAGAUUGUAAGAUGUAUCAUAUGCUUUUGUGGUCAAUGGCACUUUUACAGUAAUUAAGGUAAAUGCAGAACAAAGUUUAGCAAAGGGGAAUUGCAAAAUCAUUGACAGGUCUGAAAUAUUUAGAAAGGCAAACUGAUAGAAUGGACAGGGUCUCAAAAGCUAAGGGUUUGAUGUCUACAUCUGCCCAUUACAUGGGUCAGUUUGAUCCUAAUGAAGAAAUUGUGGUCGAACAUCUGGUACACCAGACGGGAGAAUUGGCUGUCUGCUUCAAUCCCACCAAAUAUCACCCUACUCUGUGUGGUGAAGGAUCUGCAAUGAGGAGUUAAAUUAUAAUUUAAGUAUGGUUAUCCUGUAGCUGUGUGAGAGCAAAGACUAGUAAUUGAUAUUGGGUUGUUCUUAGUGCUGUUCUGUAUAGUAUGUGGCAGUUUGUUUAUCGACCAGUAUGUCACUAGGAUGCUUUGCUUGCUUGAGUUCUCGAUAGUUUCAAGCUGAGCUUCACCAGGGGGAACGAUUGAUGCCAGCCACAUCCAAGCAGAAAAGUGGCCUUCCUCAAGUUUUCUAUAAAGAAUGAUUGCACUAUUUUGCUAACCAUAAACACUGUACCAUGCCCUGUGUGGGCAAAUACUUGAUGCUACUCCAGCCAUUCACUGGUAAAACUUUGUACUGAUAACUAAAUCUUGUGUUCUGUCUCUCAGAACUUCUUAACAGAAUUGUUUGUAUGGGAAGAAAAAUCUGGGACUUGGUUAACAAAAAAAGAAAAAAUAAGACCCUUAUUAAAAGCCCAUUUUACUGCUGUAGGUUAGUAUAGUUUCAAAUUAACUUUAAAUUGAAUUGUAUUAAUGGUGAUGAUUAAUUUACUCAGGUCAGAGUUAAAUAACUCCAGCCUCCAUUGCCAGGUUAAAUCUUUAUUCUGAAGCUAAAGGUGUCAGUAAGAAAUGUAAUUUCUGUGACAAUUUCAUUUGGCCUUACAAUUGAGCACCUGUAGUGUUUGCUUAAUUGGGCACUGUAGGAUGUACAUUCUUAGUAUAUGUUCAUAAAAGCAGUUUAUAAACAUCAGAUGGAUCGGAUUCACUGUGUCAGUGUAUGUCAUUUAGAACUGGGGAUCUAAGAAAUGUUUGAGAAAACUGGUGGGCCCCAUGAAGAAUGUCCAUAUGAAUUGUGCUUGCAUGAUGUGUAUAAUAAAAUUAUGCUUGGUCUUCUAUGAGACAUUGCUUAUGGAUGAGGGAAAGUGUAUACAGACACUUUAACAUUGCCAAAAUCAAUAAAUACUCUUGUGCUGUUAUACUACUGCUUUUUAUGU